AUGGCGGAAACUCGAGAAUGUCAAUUGCGGCGACGACGCAGUUCGGGCAACCCCAAUUUACCUCUGAACCUAGAUGUCGGUUUCCAAAUUGAUGAAGGUAGCACCAGCCAAGGCACACCUUCACCAAACAAAUGUCCAAAUUCCAGACGAACGUCUGCUGCUGCUAUAAUGGACUUCAAAAAUAAACAACAGUCUUUCGAUAUUCAGGUGGAAGAAUGUGAAGAAGAAGAAAUAGUAGUGGACAGCGAUGACGAAGGUGAGGAUAACAACGUCAUAGCUGUUGAACGUCCCUUUACACCAACACCCAUACAGGACUUUGGAGCCAGCGUUGUUUACACUGAAGGUCCACAAGUCAUGGAUUUCCUGAAAGUAAGAGCAUUAGAACACGACUGUUAUACAGAUGUCUCAGAUGCAGAGAGUGACGACGAAGAGGGAAACUAACGUCAUAAUAAUAUAAUUAAGCCAAUUAUAUGUUUCUUACAAUGUUUAAGAUAAGGAAAUUAUGGGUUUCAAUCAAU